AUCCAUUCUGAUUUAUCACAAUUUUAUCCGCAUCCGGUUGUAUCUUGUAUAAAACCUUCUCAAUUUAUGUAAUACUCCUCCCACGGUUUCAGCCAUCCACGUACAUUAUCGAAGCGAUAAUACUCUCUUAAAUAAUACACCUAUGCCUCGGCGCUGGAUAAAAUCCCGAUUACGACGGAACAAACAUGCAUGUUAUUGCGAUGUCUGCGUUCCUCCUUCAGUUUCAACAAAGCUGCAGAGACAACCGCCCAGGCCUCCCCCAUUUACGCCUGGAAAGUCACCUCUCCAGUGUUUGAGUGUCUGAAGCCGUUGGCUGGUCCUGAACCGUUUGGCUCUUUCUCCACUAGCAAACAGCCUCACAAUGUACCUCAAUCGCUCUUAAAUCUAGCUUUUAAACGUUUUUAUUCCGCUCUGCGCCGAUGCGAACGGGACCGGACGCUUGUUUGGGAAUUUAUCUGACGACCUGUCGCCUCAAAGCAGCUUUAUAACGCUUUGUUUGGGCGCUAUUUCACAAAAUAACCGUGGAGGAGGAAAUUCCACACAAGCAGUGAAAGGCACCCCUCGCGCUCAUCCGGGUUUAAAAUUGUCAAGACUUCUCAGCUGCUAAAGGUUCAAAUUGGAGCAAGACCUGAUCACAUGGUGCUGAGACACUUGGUUUGGAUCCUUAAAAAGCGUUCGCCUUGCGGAAAUAGAGCUGAUAGUGUGGCUUGUGUCCUGUUUGCUGACCUCAUGGUGUAAGCUGGUGUGAAGAUGAGUAUUAGCAGCGAUGAGGUCAACUUCCUGGUGUAUAGAUACCUGCAGGAGUCAGGGUUUUCCCACUCGGCCUUCACAUUCGGCAUCGAGAGCCACAUCAGUCAGUCUAACAUCAACGGUGCCCUAGUGCCCCCUGCUGCACUGAUCUCCAUCAUCCAGAAGGGCCUGCAGUAUGUAGAAGCUGAAGUCAGCAUCAAUGAGGAUGGCACGCUGUUUGACGGGCGGCCGAUUGAGUCUCUAUCACUGAUUGACGCGGUGAUGCCCGAUGUUGUACAGACUCGGCAGCAGGCUUAUCGAGACAAACUAGCCCAACAGCAAGCUGUCGCCGCACCCUCUGCGGCCACCGCCAACAUGCAGGGUAACGCCAAAAACGGAGAGAACACCACAAACGGAGAGGAGAAUGGUGCUCACGCCUUACCUAAUAACCAUGCAGACAUGAUGGAGGUGGAUGUGGACGUGGAGAUCCCUCAGAAUAAAGCCAUGGUGCUUCGUGGUCACGAGUCCGAGGUCUUCAUCUGUGCCUGGAACCCUGUCAGCGAUCUGCUCGCUUCUGGGUCCGGGGAUUCCACGGCACGGAUCUGGAAUCUGAGCGAGAACAGCAGCAGCUCCUCAACGCAGCUCGUCCUCAGGCACUGCAUACGGGAAGGCGGCCAAGACGUGCCCAGUAACAAAGACGUGACAUCGCUAGACUGGAAUAGCGAAGGUACACUUUUAGCCACUGGCUCUUAUGACGGCUUCGCAAGAAUAUGGACAAAAGAUGGUAAUCUGGCCAGUACACUGGGUCAACAUAAAGGUCCAAUAUUUGCAUUAAAAUGGAACAAAAAAGGAAACUUCAUCCUCAGCGCCGGUGUCGAUAAGACAACAAUCAUCUGGGACGCUCACACAGGAGAGGCCAAACAGCAGUUCCCAUUUCAUUCAGCACCUGCUCUUGAUGUGGACUGGCAGAGCAACAACACAUUUGCCUCCUGUAGCACAGACAUGUGCAUCCACGUGUGCAAACUGGGCCAGGACCGGCCCAUUAAAACAUUCCAAGGACACACGAAUGAAGUUAAUGCAAUCAAAUGGGACCCAACCGGAAACCUGCUGGCGUCGUGUUCUGAUGACAUGACUCUGAAGAUUUGGAGUAUGAAACAGGACACUUGUGUUCACGACUUACAAGCUCACAGCAAAGAAAUCUACACUAUCAAAUGGAGCCCCACAGGUCCAGGAACCAACAACCCCAACGCCAAUCUAAUGCUGGCCAGUGCUUCCUUUGACUCCACUGUUCGGCUUUGGGACGUAGAUCGAGGCAUCUGCAUCCACACACUAACCAAACACCAGGAGCCCGUGUACAGCGUGGCCUUCAGCCCAGACGGACGUCAUCUAGCCAGUGGCUCUUUCGACAAAUGUGUCCAUAUUUGGAACACGCAGACUGGUGCUUUAGUCCAUAGCUACAGGGGAACAGGGGGCAUUUUUGAAGUUUGCUGGAACGCAGCAGGAGACAAAGUAGGAGCAAGUGCAUCGGAUGGUUCUGUUUGUGUAUUAGAUCUGCGGAAAUAGCGCUGCUUGCUGGAAGCCAUGGACCGACUAUGAAUGUGUACAUAGCCAAAAUGACUGUCCCUGACCCUCAAACUGCUACAGUCCCCAAUGAACCAUGGCCAGCCACUACAGACAAAAACAAACAAACAACAACAACAAGCACCCUAACGCGACAGGCCGAGCGGAUGUGAUUCCAACCAGAGACAUUCAAAUGACUUUUUUAAGUGACACAGGUUGAAAAAAACAAUAUAACAAAGGAAGAAUGGCAACAGGACUGGUAUAUGUACCAAAUUUGGAAGAAAUUUUCUAUUUGUUCUUCAAAAUCUCAUCAAAAUAAACAAACGAAAGGAUUUUAAUAUUUGUUGGUAGUUCCGUUUCAGUGUGCAGACAUAUCAGCUUUUUCUUUACCUACCCCCUACUUUCUUUCUUUCUCUUUCUUUCACACACACUUUGUUUGGCUCACACCUGCAUGAUUUCAGGUCUCACGGUUUUCUCCAUCUUUCAUGAGUACAGUUAUUUAGCGUCUUUUGCUACUCGACGUUUUGUGAUUUUAACCGUGUGGGGACAUACAGCUUAUCGUUCUUUUUUUUUUUGACACUGUUGUUAGUUCUCUUACUGCAGUCAUCUGAAUGAAAACCUUGUUUUAUCACCCAAAUGAAAGAUUGAGUUCAUCAGAAUGACCACAGGCACAGACAAUUCAAGCAGAUGCAACUCUUCAGUGCUGUCAUGAGCUCUUACGUGUUUCCUAAUCAGUAAGAAUUCAGUGUUUCGUUGCUAAACAGUUUUUGGAGAAGAUAUUUCACCUAACUAAUGCAUCCCAGGACAAUGACAUGCAUGUACAUGAAGGUAAAGGAAAGACUUGCAUUUAGGUCUUCAGUAUUUCUAGAUCCCAUUUGAUGAACAGGUUCUUUUUGAUGUUUUAUCUCCUUUUAUAACUUCAUCAGUUCGAGUUUUAUGCUGUAUUGGUUGUUUGUGUGCAAAUCAAGAAGUAUAGUUGAUUUAUACAUGUGGAUUGUUUAUUCACAGAUUGGUUUGUUUUUUUUGUCUGUCAAAAUACACAUUUUAGAUAAAGCUUGAGCAUGUUUUUAUUGGAAUACCUGAAGCUUAAAGCAAGUCUUUGUUGGUCAGUACUUAAAUAUCCGAAACCAUUUUUUUAAGUGACAGGAGUGCUUUCCUGAUCUAUUCCGUUUUUAGACAUCUUAUUCAUUUGGGUUCUGUGCACAGCGUGUAAUGUAACGUCUGGUCAUGUGAUCAUUCUGCCGUGUAAUGAGACAUGCUAAUAUUGGUUUAUUGUUACUGCAUGUAUGGGGAUCCCAGCGCAGGAGCGACAUCUUUCCAAAUCUCAGUCUGCUGUCCAUACUAAUGUACUUUAUCUCCCUUUCUCUCUAAUGCCUCAACCAUUAAGAAAUCUGGAUUAGUCACAGGCCCGUGUUACUUUGUGACUGUCAUGUGAUAGAGGCUUGUCCGCGUUGUCUCAAUCUGAAGUUAUUUUUAGGACAUCACAUGAUAUUUAACCUUGUGUUUUAUACAGAGUGUUUUGAGGUCUGUAUAAAACCGUCUACUUUUAAAAUGACUUCAAAAUCCAUCUGAACACUAUUUAUUACUGUAUGAAAAGAGAAGGCUAUUUCGGUCCACCUUGUCUCUAUCUCAGCAUCUGCCUGCCCGCAGUUACCUUUAUUUCUCACGGUGUCAUUUUUUAUCAUUAUUCUUACUGCGUCUGUGUCCCCUGGUCUUUUUGUACUCUUUUAAGACUUUUGUAAUUCAUAUUUCUUUGUAGCUACAAAAAAUAAGAAAUAAGCAAAAAAGAAAAAAAAAUACAAAAACCCAAACAAACUAUUGCAGGUGGGUUUGAGGGUGUACAGCUUAGAUUUCGGUUUCGCUCACUGAGCCCCAUGUGUUUUCAGAUGUCCCCACACCUGAUCUUUGUUUCCCCAGUCAAACGUUUUUGGUUGCAAAACUCCCCCUUGCAUUGCGUUGAUCUGUUGUCAUUUGAAUCAGAUCUGAAGUCCAAAAUAAAGUAUAUUUUGAUAUUA